AUGGCCGGCAUCUUUCGCACCAUCUAUGACUGGCUCUUAAGGAUGUUCUGGGCCACCGAGAUGGAUGUUACUAUGAUCGGUCUGCAAAAUGCAGGCAAAUCCUCCUUGCUUCGUGUAUUGGCGGGCGGGGAAUUCACUAUCGACUCCAUUCCGACGAUCGGCUUCAAUACCAAACGAGUCCAAAAGGGCCAUGUGACCUUGAAAUGUUGGGAUUUGGGUGGUCAGCCUCGAUUUCGCCCGAUGUGGGAGCGAUACUGCCGAGGAGUUAACGCGAUCGUAUAUAUUGUGGAUGCAGCGGACAAAGAUGCUUUGCCGGUAGCCACGGAGGAGCUGCAUGAUUUGAUGACAAAGCCCACGUUAGAUGGGAUCCCACUCCUCGUGCUGGGCAACAAGUCCGAUCUGCCCGUCAAGCUAUCGGUGGAUGAACUAAUCGAUGCGAUGGACCUCAAGUCCAUCACGCAUCGUGAGGUGAGCUGCUAUGGGAUCAGCGCCAAGGAAGAAACCAACCUCGACGCGGUACUGCACUGGCUGAUUGCACGAGCCAGCCGAUGA